UGCCUUCCUCCAUUGCACUCUAUUUUCUGUGAUUUCUGCAGUAGAUGGUGCUUGUCAUGGACCCAUGUCCUGGUUCCUCUCGCUGAGGGGAUUAUUUAGGCUGCCCUAGCCAAGUACACAUGAAAUCAAGGAUUCCUCCUUGUAAAAGCAAUCUCUGGCUAUGUUUCCUGGAUGAACUAUGUUUCUUCAGUAUACCAUUGCUGACCAUAAAGGACAACAGCUCCAGGAAGAAGGGUGACUACAUAACAUGAAAGACAUGAUCACAGCAGCUGGAACACAGAAGACACUCGUAUUUAGUCCUGGUCUCAUCCAAGUUGGCCAGUUUCUUCCAGACUUUCCUUUGGUUCAUGGAGACUUCCCAACUAUCCUUCUCAGUUCCCUCUUUCAGGAACUUGCAAAAGCCCCACAAACACUUGACACAGCCCGAGAGGCGCCGGCACCGCCGAGGGGACGAGGCGCUUUUUUCCGGCCGGUGGCGGCGGGGCGGCAGCGGACCCGGGAGGAGCGGGGAAGGAGCGGCGAGGAGCAUCCCGGCGCGGGCCGUCCCGUGCCUGCCCGGCUCCGUGCGUGCCACCGCGGCCGGGCCAUGGGCCGGCCCGCCUGAGAGCCCGCGGAGCGGCGGCGGUGCGCCCGGAGCGCCAGGCGGGGCCAGCAGCGCGGGGAAGAUGCGCUCGGCGGCGCGGACAGCCGGCUCCCUCCUGCUCUGCGGGGUGGCCCUGGGUCUGUACUUCCCCAGGAGGGAGUACUUGGAGAAUGUGUACAUUGAUGAGCCAGCAGGAAUGCCCCUCCUGCGCAUCCAUGCCCUGAAGGAUUCACCUGAGGAAGUGGCCCACUUCCAUCUGUGCCAGAAUCUCAUCAUUUCUCGAGGAAGACAUGAAAAUAAUUGGUUCCAAAUCAAAGAAAAAUCAGGAGUUCUCUACCUCAGCAAAAGCCUGGAUAGAGAGGACUUUAACAUGCUGUCUGUUGGAAAUUGGAAGCCAUUACCCAAGGUGAUGCUGUAUGUCCACCCUUUCCAAGAGAAGGAAUGUGACUCCACUACACGCACCACGGUUUUCCUCUCUUUGAUCAAUGGUACUGCACCAGCUUGCAGUUCCCUGUCAGCAAGGCAGCUUUGCUUCACAGAAAUGGAUCUCUCCUUUCACAUCAAGGAGAAUAAACCACCUGGUGUAUUUCAUCAGCUCCAGUUACCCUCUGUUCGUCAUCUGUGUCAGAAUCUCAGCAUUUCCUACAAAUUGAUUGCAGCUGAAGGCGUUCCCUUCCGCUACAACGGGAACUCCACGGCCGUGUGGGUGACGCAGCGCCUGGACCGCGAGGAGCGGGAGCGCUACGAGCUCAUUGCCAAGUGCACCGUCAGGGAGGGGCUCCGGGAGAUGCAGGUGGAGGUGCCUUUCCUGGUCAACGUGUUGGAUGAAGAUGACUCUCCUCCCUUCCUUCCCAAUGGCACUGAUACUGCAGAGGCUGUCGUGGAGUUCAACAGGAAAGAGGGCACUGUUAUUUCCACGCUGACUGUGUACGAUGCAGACACCACACCUAUUUAUCCCCUUGAAAGCAGCAGGAAGAAAUACACAGGAACCAUCAUCACUGAUGAUCCCUGGAUAAGUGAAACAUUUCGUGUAGAGCACAUCUUUGAUGAAAUCCACUUCAGCCCAAAUGGCAGCCAAGUGAGGGGAACUCGGCACGAGUACAAACUGGUACUGAAUAAAAGCAUUUCAGUCACAGAGCAUCGUUCCUUCCAGCUGGAUGUUUUGGUGAAUGAUACAGAAUUUCAUGGCCCAGAAAGAUCAGUGAUACUUCAUUUCAAUGUCUCCAUCCUCCCUGUCAGCAUUCAGUUUUCAAACAUAACUUACCAGUUCACAGUGAACAGAAAUGCUGAACGCUUUGCACAGAUAGGAAAGAUCUGCAUUGAAAACUGCAUGAAAUUCCGUGGUGUGAACAUCACCUACAAGCUACUGUCCCCCAAUGCCAGCUGCUACCCUGUCAGCAUCCAGCAGGGCCGAGAAGACAAGUAUGGGAGUCUCUAUGUGAACGAUUCCUCUGCGCUGCGCAGACCGGAGUGCAAGGAAAUACAGUACACUGUGCAAGCCACCGACAAGCAGAGCAGGAAACACACCAAAACCCUCCUCACUGUUGUCCUGGAAGGGACUCUUUUAAAAAAAGAAGAGGACUGCCCUGACUCUUGUGCUAUAAGUAAGCACCGUGGUGAAUGUGAAGAGUGUGGUGGCCUGGGAGUGUUAACAGGAAGAUGCCAGUGGAGACAGGGGAGUGGGAAAGGGAUCACCACAAACUAUUCCACGUGCACCCCGAGCAUCAAGACUUGUCCGGACGGCGUCUGCGAUGCGGUGGAGGGCAGAGACCCGGCCGUGUGCCCCCAGGACUGCACAAGUGGAAACAUUAUUGGUGGCCAUGGGAAGGGCAUUGGAAAUCUUGGAAUUAAGUCAGGACAUGGGAUUUGUUACUGCUUCCCAAGACAGAACUGUUACUGUGAGAAGGAUGAUAUCAAAGAGCAACUGUGUGAUGACCUGUGCAAGACUGUGAUCACGGGGGCAGUGGUGCUGUGCUUUGUCAUGUCGGUGCUGGUUUCCUACUACUGCAUCCACCGGUACCACAAGAACGCCCCGAAGGCGCCCAUCGCCUCUGCGGAAAUGACCUUCCGGCGCCCGGCGCAGUCCUACCCCAUCAGCUACUCCUCCAGCAACGUCCGCCGCCCCUCCCUGGACUCCAUGGAGAACCAGGUCUCUGUGGACACCUUCAAAAUACCUGAAGAUCCAAAGUGGGAAUUCCCUCGGAAGAACCUAGUUCUGGGCAAGACUCUUGGAGAAGGAGAGUUCGGAAAGGUUGUCAAGGCGACAGCGUUCCGACUCAAGGGGAGAGCUGGCUAUACCACGGUGGCAGUGAAAAUGUUAAAAGAAAAUGCUUCCCAGAGUGAGCUACGAGAUCUCCUGUCAGAGUUCAACCUUCUGAAACAAGUCAACCAUCCUCAUGUCAUCAAACUUUAUGGAGCCUGCAGUCAAGAUGGCCCACUGUAUUUAAUUGUGGAAUACGCCAAGUACGGCUCCUUGCGCAGUUUCCUCAGGGAAAGCCGGAAGGUGGGCCCGAGCUACAUGGGCAGUGAUGGCAACAGGAAUUCCAGUUACCUGGAUAACCCCGAUGAGAGAGCCCUGACCAUGGGAGAUCUGAUCUCGUUUGCGUGGCAGAUCUCCCGAGGGAUGCAGUACCUUGCCGAGAUGAAGCUUGUGCAUCGGGAUCUAGCAGCCAGGAAUGUGCUGGUGGCAGAAGGGCGCAAAAUGAAGAUUUCUGACUUUGGCCUCUCACGUGAUGUAUAUGAAGAGGAUUCGUAUGUAAAGAGGAGCAAGGGUCGAAUCCCUGUGAAGUGGAUGGCCAUAGAGUCACUAUUUGACCAUAUCUACACAACACAAAGUGAUGUAUGGUCAUUUGGAGUUCUGCUGUGGGAGAUUGUUACUUUAGGAGGCAAUCCUUACCCUGGUAUUGCUCCUGAAAGACUCUUUAACCUCCUAAAAACAGGCUAUAGAAUGGAGAGACCAGAAAACUGCAGUGAGGAAAUGUACAACCUCAUGUUGCGCUGUUGGAAGCAAGAACCUGAUAAAAGACCAACAUUUACUGAGAUCAGCAAGGAACUAGAGAAGAUGAUGGUGAAGAGUAGGGACUACUUAGACCUUGCAGCUUCCACACCCUCUGACUCCUUACUGUACGAUGAUGGGCUCUCAGAAGAGGAGACACCUCUCGUGGACUGUAAUAAUGCUCCCCUCCCUCGAACCCUCCCUUCCACAUGGAUUGAAAACAAACUCUAUGGUAGAAUUUCACAUGCAUUUACUAGAUUCUAGCAACACACACAAAAAAAGUUGAUUUUUCUUCUGCACUGUUCUCAGACUCUGUAACCCCAUUACAGUGUUUCUUGUCUGAAUGAAGCCAAUCAAAAUUUGCUUGGAAGCUUCUUUUGGGUUUUUUUGUUUGUUUGUUUGUUUGUUUGUUUUUUCUUUUGGUAAAUGUCAAAGUUUGCAUCAGGACCAUCCUUUAGUCAUUUUGCAGCUGUGUCUAAAAUAAACAUUUUAAAAGGAUGUGAAAAUAAGUAAAAUGACUAGAUAUCAUACAAUAAAAGCAAAAAAAGAUCAGGGAAGUAUUCUCAGGGGAAAUAUAAAAUGCUAAUGAGUAUCUAAUUCAACUAUCCUGUUGGGGGAGGCUACAACAUUUAAAAUAUGUUAGAUUCUGCACCUCUAAUUUAAGCAAUAGACUUUUUUUUUUUUUUUAAAUACUGUUUUUUUGCCAUAACUUAGUGAUAGGACUCAUCUGCAACAUUUUUCAUUUAUUAAGAAGGAUGUCUAAAUUUCAGCUGCUAUUAGUACAUUUUGGAUCUAUAAGCUGAAAUGUAUUUAAUGUAUCAUAGGAUGAAAACAGAUUAUUAUAUACAGAAGGUAGAAAUACUGUAUAUAAAUAUUAUAUACAGACUAAACUGACAUGUAAAAUCCUUUGAAAACUUAAUUAACAGUGGGCAUUUUGAAAAUAUCAGCUGUUUUCACGUCCUUUGAUUUGUUAUGAACAUGUUAGUACUAAACCUUGAUUGAAUGAUGUAGCAAAUGUUUUUAAAAAGAACAUAUGCUUUCAUAUUGUGAUGGUGAGAUGGACAGUAAAAAUGGUUCUUGCCAAAACUCCUAUAUUUUGUCUUCUGAUUAAAUAUUCUACAUGGUUUUAGAUACUUACUAACAUCACAGAUACUUUUUUCAUUCUUCAUGCAGUAUGACUUUUGAAAAGUUGGAUCUUUUAGUUUAAAAGUUGCCAUUAAUACAUGGCUUUGGGUCUAUUUUUGAUCUAUACCUUAGUUAUUAUUUUAUUCAUUAGGUUUUCUCAACUCAUGUUGAUUUUGGGGCAAUUAGUGGUUAGAUUGUUAAAAGAAUGAAGUAGCAGAAAAAAGUUGCCACGAGGUUGAUGGCAGAUGCUGAAUGCUUAAUAAGCAACAGAAUCAGAUUUCUGUUUUUGAAAAUCUCGACCCUGCUUUGGUUCUGUGCUUGCACAGCUUAAUCAACAUGGUGCUAAGCACUCUGCAUCCAUUUUGGUGAUCACUUGUGCCUAGACACAGAAAGAGUUACUGCACUCAGUGUGAAUAAUUACAGACCUGAAAUACAAUUUUAAAUGCUGAAUCAGGACAGGAGUGCUCAGCACUUUGUUGGACUUUACUCAGUUGUGCUCCUGGGAUUUCCUGAAAUUAAGUAGGGGAUCCCUGGUAGGGGUGUGGAAGUGUCCCCAGAACCUCACUGAAGCCAAAGGAAAAGCGCCCAUUUAAGUAAAUCAUUGAAAUUAUUUACUUCUAUCAUUGAAAUGGACUUUGGAUCCUGUCCCAGAUGGAUUUGUUAAUUCUUGGAGCAUUUCCUGUACAGCAAGAACUUCUCUUGCAAAGCAAUAUAUUGCUACAUGAUUGCUAAAAUAUAAAAGUAUGCAAAGUUGGAGGCUUAUGAGAAGAACAAUUCUUAGCUUUUUACUAUGCACAUGUGCAUGCAUGCACACAAUUUUUUAUUGAGUAAGCACUUUAAUUUAUCCAGGGUUUUUUGUCUGCAUCUCAAUUUCUGCUUCAGGGAUUUCAAAACAUCAUUUAUAUGAAUUGAUUUGGGACAAAAUCCAGUGGACUGGCUUAAAGUAUUGAAGGGAGUUUUGCCAAGGGCCUUACUGUCUGCACAUGAAGUUAUGGUUCUUCAGUGCAGAAAAAAUUAUCUGUUUUCAUUUUUAGGCAUGUCAUACCCGAACUGGCCUGAGGAGAGCCCCGUUCCACUCACAAGAUUCGAUGGCACUAACUCUGUGUUUUCAAGAUAUGCAAAUGAUAGUGUAUAUGCUAACUGGAUGGUUUCACACUCAGCGGCAAAAUUUAUGGACAAGUUUGAUAGCUAAAAUUAUCUUUGUGAAAGGUAAUGGACUCCUGAGGAAAACAAGGAGGCAAAGAGUGAGAAGUCCAUUGGCUCGUUCUUUGUUCAGUCAACAACUAACUUUUAAAUUGGCAAAUCCCUUUAUUGGUAGUUUUUAAAGUAUGUUAUUGAUGCUGAAGACAAUUGGUACUCUCCCCUCUCAGAAAACAUAUCAAGCUGGAUAAGAGUUGUAGUUCUGGUACUUCUUUCUAAGUUGCCAGUUUGCAUAUGGUUCCAUUUGGCAACUUCUUAGUGCAAAUGGCCUUGCACUUCAUCCUCGAUGAUUUUUAAGACUAACCAUCCUAUGUUACAACAUUCUGGGAUGGUAAAAUGUACUUGAACUGCUACUUUUAUAGUGGCUGUUAGCAUACAACCACUUGAUCUAAGCAGGAAGCACAAACAAUAAAGAGAAGGGAGGAGGGAAACAGGCUCCCAGAUUACUGAGCUUGCUAUCAAAUGACAAGUGUUAGAAUGAUGUUGGCAAAGCCAAUAUCUUGGUUUGGAAGCAAACAUUUAGUAACUCAAUAGAGGACUUGAGAUUCAACAUUUGAAGUCUUGUAAAAUGUAUUGUCUUGUCUUAAUGAGAAGAGAAUUUGUUUUAUUAGUCUUAACUUCUCUUACCUUUAGCACAAUGGAGAUAAAUUUGAUACAAGAUAAGCUGUAUAGACUGAUGGCAAUCAAGAGUGUUCAUCUGACACUUUUACUUUUCAUCACCGACAUACUAGUAAUGUUAAAACAUACAGUCUUGUACUAUCAUGUUUCUUUUAUGAGUUAAAAAUAGGCUAUAAAGGAUUUUUAGACUGAAUUCAUAGAAUAGAAUAGAAUACAUCAAUACAUCAUAGAAUGGUUUGUGUUGGAAGGGAACUUGGAGGUCAUCUAGUUCCAACUCCCUGCUCUCUGCCUGCUCCUCCAUUGUGGGGAAGGACACCUUCCACUAAAUCAGGUUGCUCAAAUUCUCAUCCAGCCUGGACUUGAACACUGCCAGGGAUAAGGUAUCCACAACUUCCCUGGGCAACAUGUUCCAGUACCUCACCACCUUCACAGUAAAGGAUUUCUUCUUAGUAUCUAACCUCAAUCUGCCUUCUUUCAAUUUAAAGCCAUUCCCCUUAUCCUAACAUUACAUGCCCCUGUAAAAAACUCCCUGCCCAGCAUUCCUGUAGGCUCCCUUUAGGUACUGAAAGGCUGCUCUAAGGUCUCCCCAGAGCCUUCUCUUCUCCAGGCUGAACAUCUCAAAUUCUCUCAGCUUGUCUUUGUAGGAGAGGUGUUCAGCCCUCUGAUGGUCUUUGUGACCCUUGUCUGGACUCUCUCCAACUGGUCCAUGAAUUCCUUAUGCUGGGGGCUGCAGUGCUGAUGCAGCACUCUGGGUUGGGUCUCACAAGAAUAGAGUAGAUGGGGAGAAACCACUCCUUGACCUGCUGCCCAGGCUGCUUUUGAUGUAGCCUUGGCUUGCUGGGCUGUAAAAACACAUUGCCUGGUCAUACUGAGCAUCUCAUCAAUCAAAACCCCCAAGUCCUUUUCCCCAGGGCUGCUCUCAAUCCUUUUGCAAUCCCACCCAGCCUGUGUUUGUGCUGGGAUUGCCCUGACCCAGAUGCAGGACCUUGUCCUGCCUUGUUGAAGUUCAUGAGGUUUGUGUGGGCCCACCUCUCAAGCCUUUCAAGGUUCCUGUGGAUGGCAUCCCUUCUCUCCAGUGUCUCAGCAGCACCACACAGCUUGGUACCAUUGAAAACUUGCCGAGGGUGCCUCAAUCCUGCUCUCAGUGCGCCGACAAAGGUGUCAAACAGUGCCAGUCCCGGUACCGACCCCUGAGGAGCAGCACUGGUCUCCACUUGGACAUCGAGCUGUUGACAGCGACUGAGUGUGACCAUCCAGCCAAUUCAUUAUCCACUGCAUGUUCCAUCCAUCAAAUCCAUGCCUCUCCCAUUUCAAGACAAGGAUGUCAUGUAAGACACUGUUGAAUGCUCUGCACAAGUCCAGGUACAUGGCAUCAAUUGCUCUUAUCCACCAGCACUGUAAUCCUGUCAUAGAAGGAUAUUUUUAGGAUUUGCCCUUAGUGAUGCCAUGUGGGCUGCCACCAAUCACCCUGUUAUCCAUAUUUUUUCAUCAGGUUCCAUGGACUUGUGGAUCCUCAGGUUCCUUAGCUGGUUCAGAACCUGCUCUUCCCCUAUGGUGGGUGGUUCUUUAUUGUUGCCACCUCAGCAAAGGGGCUCGUGCAAACUUGGGCCUCAGUGGCUGAAGAAUUUGCUGGCAAAAAUGUCAUUGAGUACCUCAGCCUUCUCCAUGUCCCAGGUCUCCCAUUUUUUUCCAGAGAAGGCUCACAUUUUCACCAAUGUACCUGUGGAAUCUUUUUUUUUUUGUUGCCCUUGAUGUCCCUGGCCAGAUAGAAUUCUAUCAGGGCUUUAGCCUUCCUAAUCUGAUCCCUGUUUGCUUAGACAAUUCCUCUGUAUUCCUCUCAGGCUAUCUGUCCUUCCUUUCACCCUUUUUCUUUGGGGGAAGCAUAGACUUCCUUUUUGUGUUUGAGUUUGUACAGGAGCUCCUUGUUCAUCCAUGCAGGUCUCCUGACAUUCUUUGCAAUGCUCCUCAGCUUGCAAGAGGUGAUCCUUGAACAUUAACCAGCUUCCUUGGGUCACUUUAUCCCAUGGUACUCUACCCAGAAGAUCCCUGAAGAGGCCAAGGUGUGCCCUCCUGAUGUCCAGGUUAGUGAGCUUGUUGUGUGCCUCCUUGCUGAGGAUCUUGAAGGCCACCUUUUCAUGGUCACUGCAGCCAAGGCUGCCCUUGAGAUUCACAUUCCCCACCAGCCUCUCCUUGUUGGAAAGAACAAUGUCCAGCAUAGCAACUCUCCUUGUUUACCUCUCUGUCACUUGGAGAAGCAAGUUAUCCAAGUAUUCCAAGAAUCCCCUGGAUUGCUCAUGCCAUGCUGUGUUGUCCCUCCAAUGGAUAUUGGGUUGUUGAAAUCCCCCAUGAGAACCAGGGCUUGUGAAUGUGAGGCAGCUCCUGUCUGUCUGUAGAGGGUCUCAUCUGCUUGGGUUUCAUCUCCUGGUUGGGUAGCCUUAAACCCCCACUAUACUGUCACUUGUCCUUGCCCUGCCAUUAAUCCUGGCCUAUAAACUCCUCAUCCAGCCCCAGUACAGCUCCAAACACUCCAUGUGGUCAUGGACAUAGAGGGAAACACCUGUUUCUCCUGUUCCCUGCCUGUCCUUCCCAAAGGGCCUGUAUCCUUCCACUCCAACACUCCAGUCAUAGGAGCCAUCCUACCACAUACCUGAUGCCAGUAAGAUCACAGCCCCGCAGGUGUGCACAGUCUCCUACUGCUCUUGCUUAUCCCUCAUGCUACGUGCAUUUGCAUAAAGGCGUUUAAGUUGGGCCCCUGAUGGAGCAGACUUGCUGCCAGCAUUGGCUGGAAUUCCAUUAAGCAGCAUUUGAAGUUCUCUCCUGCUGAUUUGCAAUCCCUCUCCGGGCUCUGGGCAUCCCUUGCUGGUGCUGGCAUCAAACAAGUAGGAGUGGAAUGGAUUAUUCUCUCUCCCAGCAGCUUCAAUUUAAUGCCUUGUUCAGCAGCUUGGCAGGCCUGUGACCAGAGAUGCUCUGCCCAUCCCCUGGCACAUGGGUCCCCAUCAGACUCCAUCCACCCAGGUUUUCAGCGUGAGUCCCCAGGAGCAGCCAGACCCCUGGCUGUGGCACUAGACCCCCUAACCAUUUGCUGAUUUGCCAGAUUCACCUGGCCCUUUCAAUGCCCUUCCCUUUGACAGGGUGGACUGAAGAAAAAGCUGCCAACACUUGAGUCCCUCACCACCAGUCCUAGGGAUCUGUAAUGUCUGUGGUCCUCCUCAGACCAUUCCUGGCUGUAUCCCUGGUGCACACGUGAAACAGCAGCAGAUGAUGGUCAGGAGGCUGUGAGGCUUGGUAGAGGCUCUGGCCUGACAUCCCUGCUGCAGCUCUCUGAUCAUCAUUCAGGUUGAUGGGUGGGUCCCUCUGUGCCUCUCAGAGGAGAGUUCCCUGCCUCUCUCACGUGUCACCUUUGCUAGUUGUGCUGGUGGUUAUGCAGGGAGCAGAUGGGACUGCCUUGCUCAGCUCCAGCCUCGCUCCUGAUGUGAUGGGUCGUCCCUCUCCACUCUUCAGAGUGCUGAACUGGUUCUGCAGGGGCACCUUAGGCUUCAGGGAAGUCCCUUCCUCUUGGUCCUUGUCAUUUCAAGUGUCCAUUCUUCUGCCUUACUGACACCCCUCCUCCCUUCUGUGUGUGCAUGGUGGGGGAAUUUUUGCCUCUUUGGCUGUGGGUUUACUGCAGGCUGCCCUUGGAACCAGGCAUCCAGCUCCUUCACAGCCUGAAGUUAUGUAGCCUUCUCACCCCCUCCUGCAGCUCUGCCACAGGAUGUCCUCUGCCUCAGCACACCUUUUGCAGAUAUUCAAGUACAGAGAUUUUGUUUGCAGUCUUGUUAAGUGGGUUGGAGACCUCCUCUUAGCUCCAAAUUGCAUAUACUGCCUUGCACAGGACACUGCCACAACCUAAUUCCAAAUAAACCUGUUACCUUGAAAGUAACAAAUAAAAAACAGUGGCACAGCAAAAUCGGUCUAAAACUCUGCUGUUGAAACUACACAAGGAAAAUGUCACUGGAAUUUGUUAAGGUGAAAUACAAGAAUGUUGUCCUUACAAAAGUGACUUAAUAUUUGGGAGAACAAUCAGCCUAUGAGUCAUGUUCUAUGUGGAAGAGUAAAUGAUCAGCACUACUUUUGUCUUUAUUUGUAAUCUACCAUGGUUAAGGGUAACCUUUCAUUUGCUACAAAUGUUGGGAUGUAAAUCCUGAGUGACUCGUUGUUAGCGUCGUGAUGGUUAUUCUAAACAAUCCAAUUCUACCAAAGCUUGCUCCUGUCACUAACAGUCCAAUUUAGAUGUUUCAGAUCUGUUUUCAGAUGUUGUUUUGUGUAUCAACUUUAUGUUUCCAUUAAAGUCUGUGAUUUCAGAAA